CUCCAUCUCGCAUCGCUCCUUCCUUGGGUCCGGAUACGACUGCAGACGCACACGCAGUCUACACCGAAAUCAAAAAAUUCAAUUCCUCCAUUCCACACCACGCGAACCUACGCUUCUCAACUUCUUGACCUGUCACAUUGUCCCAGUCCCGAGUUCUGCAGUCUUGUGCCGACGAUCCCUGAAUCUCUGCCUUGCUCUGUCACAUUCCUGACCUCAUUCAAAGUGAAACAUAUCUUGAGUGUGCCAGCUCUGGCGAACCAGGGGAGCAGUUAACUUUGUCAGGAUACAAGCUGGUCAUUCACCCAUUCCAUCAUAACCCGCAUUACCCCAGUACGAACUACCCUCGUCUACGGUCUGUCCAUCCUCGUCCUGAUCCUUCUCCCGCAACCGAACCGACCAUCAACCGACCAACUGCCGGAAUACCACAUCCAGGGUCCUAGCCUUCGCAAGCCUCGUCCUUUCUUCUAAGUUACUACCGCCGCGGGACUCAGCCAUUUUCGUCAUUAUUGGCAUCGACAACUCAUCAAACCAUGUCACGAGACAGUCCUGUUGUCGCGACAAACACGGGCACCGUCGGCGAUCAACAGGCCACUACUCCUGGGCCCAGGCCUAAUCAAUCCUCCACCUCGCGCUCGCGCGUUUGCCGCUUUUGGGGUACAUCCAGAGGCUGUCGUGCGGGCUCCGAGUGCCCCUAUCAACAUGUUCCUCAACCGACAAUCCCCCAUCCCACCAAUCAUGAGAUUUCCAAGCUCCCUCAGUGUCAAACACUCGCCCCUGCUGACCAGGACAGUCGGCGUCAAAAACCAGCCAGUGCCGGUGUCGUGCGGAAGCCCGUUUCCAAUCUGCAACGGUCCGACCCUCGUGAAUAUCAGAUUCGUCAGCUAAUCACAAGAUUCUCCGCCUCUCGACAAGACCAUGACAAUCACACAAUUCUAGUCUUCACCUUGAGACCAUCCGACCCAGACUUCCCCUUUGAAUUGAACGCCCUCCAGUGCACCCUUACCCUUCCCAGCACCUAUCCUCAACAUGGCCUCCCGACUCUUAGAGUCACCAAUCCCGAAAUUCCCCGCGGUCAUCAGAUCAACGUGGAAAAGGGGUUCGAUGUCCUCGCGGCCGAGCACAUUGGCAAACCCCUCUUGAAACUAUUCAAUGAGUUUGAUAGACAUCUGGAGGAAUUUCUCAAGGCAGAGAAGGCUCAAACAGUCAAGCUUAUUUCCAAUGCUGACAAGAGAAGAGAACCCUUGGCCCCCGUCGUCCCGACCCGCCAAGUUCCUAAACCAGAGCCACAGCCCGUCAAUCUGGCCCCACCCCUUCCUUCAUGGACAAGUCAACAAAGAUCUGAGGCUCAAGCAAAACGCCAAGCUGAUAUCAGACAGCUCGAGGCCCGUAUGGGACGUUUACCAGGCUUUGUCAAGAGCUCUGACGGGCUUUCAUUUGCAGUGCCUGUUCAGAUUCGCCACUCAGGAAAGUUGCCCGUGACCUUGUCGUUGCUCAGGGAAGUACAGUUGUAUGUGCCAAAGCUGUACAACCUCGAACCAUGCACUAUCGAUCUCAAAGGAGUCUAUGGCUCCGACGCCGAUCGCGUACAAUUUGCCUUUGAGCGCCAUGUACGGACUAACCCUGCAAUGACCAUCAUGGGUCAUAUCAAUUUUCUCGCGCAAAAUAUCCAUGUAUGGGCAAGUGAAACUAAACAACAACAUAAUGAGCCAACCUCUGACGAUACCACCCAACCUGCACCGCAAGCACAAUCUGGCCUGGCAAAUUUGGCUUCGUCGCAGGACGAAUCUUCUGAAGAGGAUAUAGACCCCGAUCGUCCUCAUGUUAGGAUAAUACCUCGGCCAUCGGAAUGGGAUCGUCACGACUCAGGUUCUAGCAGUGAAUAUGGGAGCGAUGAUUCGGAUGGAUACGUCGACUCGGAUGAGGAUGAGCUGGAUGCAAGUGAAAAAGAUGGCGGCGCGAACAUUCCUGCUGUUCCGUCCAACUCAGAACGCGGCAUCUCCCUCUCCUUCCCCAACCUCGAACUUCACGGGAUUGAGCUACUGAUGCUGGCAACUGUUUCUCUCUCUGUGAGAUGCUUACGUUGUAAGUCACAGCUGGACAUAUCUCACAUUAAACCUAGCCACGCCUCAUCAUCGACUAUACCGGGCCCAAUAUCAACUACUAGCACUCGCAGUGAAACUUGUCCCAAAUGUUCCACACCUUUCACCCUUAGCUACCAUCCGCUACCUGUCCACGCUCACUCGGUCCGCGCCGCCACACUCGAUCUCACGGGGUGCACUGUCGUCGAUUUCCUGCCUUCGACUUUUCAGCCCACCUGUUCCAACUGCUCCACCACAUUUCCCGCCCCACCAGGUAUGAUCUGCGUCCGAGGUGAUACUUUGACCCAGAUCUGUCGAUCAUGCCAUUCGAAGAUGACUUUUACCUUGCCCGAAGUCAAGUUUCUUCGACUCGCACCUGGAGUCACCUCAGAUCUUCCCACCCGCAAACUCAAACGCGAAAAUCUUGGUGUAACAUCUGGUACCCCUCUGGCUCUCAAUGGAACAUGCUCCCACUAUUCCCAUUCUUACCGAUGGUUCCGUUUCUCGUGUUGUGGCCGGGUAUACCCCUGUGACCGGUGUCACGAUGCAGCGGAGCCACAUGUUAAUGAUCGAGCCGAACGAAUGCUGUGUGGCUGGUGCAGCCGAGAGCAGCGAUUUCGACCCGAGGAUUGUGGCUUUUGUGGCCGGUCUGUUGUCAGAAAGAGACGGACCGCCGGAACAGGCGGGUUUUGGGAGGGUGGCAAAGGCACGCGAGACAAAAGUCUGAUGUCAAGGAAAGAGAAGAGAAAAUAUACCAACAAGAAGCCUGCAACCGAAUCCAAGUCUUGAUAUGGGUCUUGGUUACCAAGAUGCUGCUCAACGCAAUAACAGAAUAUAAAAAUACAUUGAACUAGAUUCUAUGACCAGAGUUCUCUACAAACCAAUCCCAACAGACAAUGGCCGGUUUUCAAUCAA